GCAGUGCAGGCUGGGACUUGUAGGCCACUUGGCCUCCUGGCCCGCUAGCCCGCGGGCAGCUGCGUGGAGCUUGCCGGGAGGUGUAGUGAGCUGGCGCUGUCCCACUGGCCCCGGGCUCUUCGCUGUCUCCAGCACGCUGCAGGCUGCGACAUCCCCAGAGGACACUGCGUCCCCUCCUGCCCCACCUCCGGCUGAUGCAACCCGGCUGGACACUCGCCCAGGGAGGGUGGUAGAAAUUGGGGAACAGUAGCGGGGCUGGACUAUGCCCCCUCGCCACUCCAAUGCCCUAAAGUCUGGUCCAUCGCCAUCUCUUCUCAUCCUCCAUUGCCCUCCUCUCGCCUCCCCCAGCCCUCCGGGGCCCCGGGACUGCAGCACCCCCUCAGCCGUCCGGUCAGUUGUCCGGUCUGGACCGGAGGACGUCUGCACCGUACCCGCUCCAAGACCUGAGCCGUGCGGUUCCGCCGCCGCAGUUGCCAGUAUGGACCAAUCUGGAGCCAUUCAAGAGACCCUGGCCCAGGGUGAACACUGCGUUAUUGCGGUGCAGGGUGUAGUGUGUGUUGGGGACAGUCUCCAAAGCCGGCUUUUGGGCUUGGUCCGAUGUGGCCCGGAGUAUGCCCUAUUCCUGUACAGUCAUCGAAGGAUGGCGAUCACUGGCGAGGAUGUGUCCCUGGACAAGGUGGUGCCCAUCACCAGGAAUUUUACAAUGGAAGAAGUAUCUCCUGACUGUGACCUCCAUGUCCUGGGCUCUGAUGUGACUGUCUGGAUAGAGUCGGAAGACAUAAGCUUCACUGUGCGCCUCCCCUUUGGCUCUCACACUCGGACAUUCCUUCAGGAAGUCAUCAGAUGCUGCCCGGCCCCGAGCCCUGGAGCCCCAGAUCUCCAGUUCCGAUGGCUGAGCCGAUACCAAAGUGCAGGUCUUGAGGAAGAACAGGAGCAGCAGAAACCUGUGCUUGCAGCCCCAGGUGUUCUAGCUUCUGAAGAACUGAAGCCAAAUGGGAAAGGAGUGCCGGGGGAGCAAAGCUCUUGGGUUUUUGAAAAACCUGAAGCUGCAUCUACCAGGCCAAAUAAAUCCAAACCUGAAAUUACCAGUGACAUGGUACGGUCUUCCACAGUGACUGUUUCAGACAAAGCUCAUAUCUUAUCGAUGCAGAAGUUUGGACUUCGAGACACGCUUGUAAAAUCACAGCUAGUACAGAAGGAAGAGACUUACACUUACAUUCAGAACUUCAGGUUCUUUGUGGGAACAUACAAUGUGAAUGGCCAGUCUCCCAGAGAAUGUCUCCGGCCUUGGCUAAGCCUGGAUGUUGAGCCUCCAGAUGUAUAUUGUAUAGGGUUCCAAGAACUCGAUCUGAGUAAAGAAGCCUUUUUCUUCAAUGAUACUCCAAAGGAGGAAGAGUGGUUUAAAGCUGUAACUGAAGGUCUUCAUCCAGAUGCUAAAUAUGCAAAAGUAAAGCUUGUGCGACUUGUUGGAAUAAUGCUGCUGCUUUAUGUCAAGCAAGAGCAUGCCGUGCAUAUCUCAGAAGUGGAAGCUGAAACAGUGGGGACAGGAAUCAUGGGCAGGAUGGGUAAUAAAGGAGGAGUUGCAAUCCGGUUCCGGUUUCAUAAUACAAGCAUCUGUAUAGUGAAUUCCCACCUGGCAGCCCACACUGAAGAGUAUGAACGGAGGAACCAAGACUACAAAGACAUUUGUUCCCGAAUGCAGUUCUGCCAGGUUGACCCAAAUCUUCCACCCCUCACCAUCAGCAAGCAUGAUGUGAUCCUAUGGCUGGGGGACCUCAACUACAGGAUAGAAGAGUUGGAUGUGGAAAAAGUGAAAAAACUCAUCGAGGAGAAGGCAUUUCAAACCCUGUACACACACGAUCAGCUAAAAAUUCAGGUGGCUGCAAAAGCUGUCUUCCAAGGCUUCACAGAGGGGGAGCUAUCAUUCCAGCCUACCUACAAGUAUGACACGGGCUCUGACGAUUGGGACACCAGUGAAAAGUGCCGAGCCCCUGCCUGGUGUGACCGGGUCCUGUGGAAGGGGAAAAACAUUACUCAGCUGAGUUACCAGAACCACAUGGCUCUAAAGACCAGCGACCACAAGCCAGUUAGUGCGGUAUUUGACAUUGGGGUAAAAGUAGUCAAUGAAGAGCUCUACCGGAAGACCCUGGAAGAGAUUGUCCGAUCCCUGGAUAAGAUGGAGAAUGCCAAUAUCCCAUCAGUGACCCUGUCCAAAAGAGAGUUCUGCUUCCAGGAUGUGAAAUAUAUGCAGUUGCAGGUAGAAUCUUUCACGAUUAUUAAUGGACAAGUGCCCUGCCAGUUUGAAUUUAUCAACAAGCCUGGUGAAAAUUCUUACUGUAAGCAGUGGCUGAAUGCCACCCCCAGCAAGGGCUUCCUUCUGCCUGAUUCUACCAUUGAGAUUGAAUUGGAACUGUUUGUUAAUAAAACCACUGCUACAAAGCUCAACUCAGGGGAGGACCAAAUUGAAGACAUUCUGGUUUUGCACCUGGAAAGGGGGAAGGAUUACUUUUUGUCUGUGUCUGGGAACUACCUGCCCAGCUGUUUUGGUUCCCCUCUCUACACUUUGUGUUACAUGCGGGAGCCCAUCCAGGACUUGGCACCUAAAACCAUUAGAGAACUGACCUUAAUGCCACUGCAGACAGAAGAUGAUGGAACACGGGAAGAGAAGCCUCUAGAGAUCCCCAAAGAGCUCUGGAUGAUGGUUGAUCACUUAUAUCGAAAUGCUUCCCAGCAGGAAGAUCUGUUUCAGCAGCCAGGUCUGAGGUCCGAGUUUGAGCUGAUUCGUGACUGUUUGGACACUGGAAUGCCCGACACCCUCUCUGGGAGCAAUCACUCUGUGGCUGAGGCCCUGCUGCUUUUCCUGGAGAGUGUGCCAGAGCCUGUCAUCUGUUAUGGCUUCUAUGAAACUUGCUUGGAGAAUUCAAGCAACUAUCCAUUUAGUAAACAGAUCAUCUCUAAUCUCCCCACUUGCCACAAAAAUGUCUUCAAUUAUUUGAUUGCAUUUCUGAGAGAAUUACUAAACAAUUCAGGGAAGAACCAUUUGGAUGAGAAAAUUUUAGCUAGCAUAUUUGGCAGCUUGCUGCUCCGUUCACCAGCUGGUCACCAAAAGCCAGAUGUGACAGAGAAGAAGAAGGCUCAGGACUUCAUCCACCAGUUCCUUGUGUGAGGAUUGAGCAUCCCCUGAGGGUCCCUCCCCUCAUCCCAGUGCAUACAUGCGUGAAGCAUGCACACACACACACACACACACACACACACACACACACACACACACACACACACCUCCUCUCUACUCACUCACUCACUGAUGGCAGCCAGUCCUCCCUAGCUGUUUCAGCUCAGAAGUCCCUUUGGGCUACUGCUAGGGAGUCCCUUUGGGAGCCAGAAUGCCAGCUGACUGAUUUCCGAGCACAGCUUCCAUUUCUAGCCCUUGUUGUCAGUACACCCAACACUUUUGAGCGAUAAAGAACGUUGGGUAUCACGUUCUGAGGAAAACUAGCCAGUAGAACUGAUAUUCAAUGUUUUAUUGUUUAUUUAAUAUACAUACAUAAAUAGUUCUUACAAUUUCAUUUUUUUUUAAAAGAGGGAAAGAGGUUGAAAACAACCUAAUAAAUAUUAUUAGCUCUUUCUUGUGUUCACCUCGCUCAUCCUAGAGCCACCUGGUAGCUUGGGCGGCUGGUCUUACCAUGGUCAGAUGUCAUUUUAUUAUUAAAUGCCUUGGAGUCCCUGCAGAGCAAGUCAGCAGGUUUGUAGGUGCUAGACAAGCCUCAGGUGCCUUUUCUGGAGCUUGGUUGGGGCCCCUGUGCUCUCGGAUGAGCUCGGGCAUGUCCAUGCCUGCUCCUCCCUCCACAUUCAUCCACAAAGAGGAUGGACAGCCUGGACCUGGCCAAAGAACCUUUGCCAGCCACACGAGGACUUGGAAAUGCUGGUGAAGUGGCAAAAGCGUGUGAAGCGAUGGGAUGUUCUCAGCCUGCUCAUCUCCUGCACUGUAGAUACUAUACCUCCCGGAUAAGUGUAAUAUAUUUUGAUGAUAAAUGUAUUUUUAACAGUG